UGUUUAUUUUACGUGUUUUUUUGUAUUGUCUUUAUGUGUUUACGGCUGUUUGUCUGUGUGUUUGGGAGCUAAUGCUAACGCUAGCAAGCCGAACGUUCGAGUUUCCGCGGGGCCACGCCCAUUACGUUUCCCAUUGGUCUGUGUUGUCGUCACCUCCCCGAGUUCAGCGCGGAUUGGUCGGAGGAUGACGGUCCCUUUAAGUGUGUGUGUGUGUGUGUCCUUGUCCUUGUCAGGACCAGUCGUCCUCAUGGAGACCAAAAGGUCAUUUCUAAGGAACUGUUUGAGUUGUUAGGUUGGUCAUUAACUGGUUAAGGUUAGUUAUAAGACUUUUUCUGCUUCUUAAAUGUGAAGGAUUUGAGUUUGUGUAGAACGUCACGUUCGCUCUCAGAGUCUAAACAUAAACACAUAGAAAGAUCUAAAAUAAAAAGACACUAAUUAUGAUUGUUUUUCAUUCAAUGUUUAUUUAAAUUGAGCAUUUUUUAUCAUUUAUUAUCAAAUCUUUUGUCUAAUGGAGGAAAAAUGAAAGGAAAAUAGGUGUGAGAUAUGUAUUCAUUUUGGGUAUAGUCAUGAUUAUUGAUCAGAAGUGAAUGUUUUUGUUUUAAAUAUUAAUUUAAAUGUAAAAUGAACAGAACAGAUUUAAAAUGUCAGACUUUUAUUUUGAAGUUUUUGCUCAUUUGAAAUAUUAGAAGUAGAGAGUGAGAGAACAAAGCUGUGUGUGUUUGUGUGAGAUUAGAGUGUGUGUGUGUGUGUGUGUGUAAGUGGGUGGAGUCUAAGUGGCUCAAUGACCCACAGCAGGAAGUUGAAGUUAAGCAGGUUUAAGGUGAACUGGAACCGACACUGCUGCUACACUGUGUGUGUGUGUGUGUGUGUGUGGUAAUGUGUGAUGAGUGACGAGGACGUGGAGCUGCAGAGCUGGGGCUGGACUGAUCUCUCCAGUUACUCCUCGUCUCUGUUGGAGUCAGAGACGGAGCAGCAGCUCGUCUCCGUCCCUCAGACCAGGAUCAUGUCCAGAGUCAGUCUACGGCUCGAUGACGGCCUGUUGGACCGCAGUCUGCCGCACAGCAGCGCCUCCUUCAGUGUGGGAGGAGCCAGCUGGAAGACCAGCAGGUCUCUGAAGUCUCGUCGUUCGCACCAUCUGUCCGUCUCCUGCUCAGAGUCGCUCCUCGUCCCGUCUCCUCUUCCUCCUCGUCAGCGUCCGUCUCAUUUGCUCCACCACACCGGCGUUCCCAGCGUGGCGUCGGACGCGUCGCUGCUGUCAUCGCUGCUCGAUGAGUCGUCUGUUCAGGACGUGACGCUGGUCGACGCCAUGUGGGGUAAAAACUGUGACUCAGCAUUUAUCGUCAGUGAGACGUCAGACUCACGCUGGUCUUCAUCCACAGGUUUAGACCACGACCUCCACCCUAAAGAGAGCACCAUCUUAGCAAACAGCACUCUGAUUGGUUCAGACAUGCAUGCCGUCCCAAACCCAAUACAGACACUGAACAGGGUUUACUGCACAGACUGUGAGCUGGAGCCCGCCCCCAAACACGCCCCCGCUUCCUCCGCCUCCAAACACGCCUCUGCCGCACUGACCGGGACAGGAAGCUGUGAUCGUGGCGAGUCGGAAGCGCCGGUCAUCUACCAUCGAGAACAGAGCCGCAGGCCAAAGACAGGUGCGAUGGAGUCCGUGUGGGAGGCGGUUGUGGGCGUGAACAGGUGGGCGGCAGCUUGUUUUAUGUCGCUGCUCGCUCUGAUUCACGUGCAGUUGCAGAAGCGCCACCAUGUGACAGAUGUGCUGCAGCUGUGUGUGAGGAGAGCGCUGACACACACCUGGCAGGUGUGUCUGCGAUUCACCCCUGACCGUCGAGGAGUUGCAGCAGGUGCUCCACUCACAGGGACUCGGCUGGACGUGGUGCAGAGUCUGUCUGACUGUGUCUGGUGUGUUUCAGCUGGACCUGCUCACUGUGGAACCAUGAAGCCUCAGAAGCGUCAUGCCGGCGGAUCUCUGUGUGACGACUGUAAAGGCGAGCAGCGCUCGGAGACGGAGGGCGCCUCCUGGUGGUCGUCGACGUGGAGUGCGACUCUUUACACAGGUCGAACAGGGAGGACUCUCUGUGAGGCUUUCAGGUGUUUUGGCAGACGAUGGUGUCAAAUUACGGCCCCUGACUCUGCCCCUCUCCUGCCUCGACUCUUCGUCGUCCUCCUGCUGCUCCUCCUCCUCCUCAGCCUGUAUUGGUUCGGUCCGGUCGGCCUUCAGUCGCUCCUCGCCAUACUGAAUGUCACAAGGACGCAGACCUCACAGAGCCCGUCAGCAGAGGGCACCGCGGAGGAGCCGCUGCUCCACAGUCGACCCACGCCAUCAGGGGAGGUGCUGACACCAGCCUGGGAAGAUCCGGAGCGGCUCGUUGGACUGGAGCGGAGUCUGGCGUCUCUGUGGGAGCGUGUUGAGACCGGAGGACAGUGGGCAGAGCAGAGACACGGCGAGGUUCUGCGGCUGUUCGCUGACCUCCAGCGGCAGGUGUCCGUCGCUCAGAGCGGCGAGGAGGAGAAUCUGGGGGCGUGGCUCAGCAGCGUCAGGAGGAGCCUGGAUGAGGAGCGUCAGGUCGAGCAGCAGAGGGCGACGUCUCGUCUGGACAGGCUGGAGCAGCAGCUGCUUACGCUCGCGGCUCAAACUGAGGAGCUUCAGAGACGAGAGGCUGUGACGUCAUCGCCUCCUGACGGCAGCGUUGAUGCGGACCAUCCGUCCCAUGAUGCUUUGCUUGUGGAGGUCGCGAGGUUGGAGGCGGCUCUGAAGGAAAUGAGGCACGACGUUGACGGUCUGACGGCGUUUAAGGACACCUGUCGGCAAUUUAACGCAAUCCAGCAGACAAUUUCAGCUCGGGUUCAUGACGAGGUCCGUACUCUCAUCUACGGGAACCAGCUGGCGACGGUGGGCGGGGCGGACGCUAACGCUCUCCCAGAGUCCCUCCUCCAGUGGCUGUCGCAGCACUAUGUCAGCAGUGCUGACCUGCAGGUGGCGCUGUCCUCUGUGGAGCUCAGCGUCCUGCAGAACAUGGACCUGCGGCUUGAGCAACGCCGUGGUGAGGAGGCGGUCGCCGGGACCGUCCUUCAAACUGCCACUGCCAUAACCAAGGAGGACAUCCACUCGAUCGUGACGAGUGCUCUGCAACGAUUCUCUCAGGACCAGACAGGCCUCGCUGACUAUGCUCUGGAGUCCGGAGGGGGCAGCAUCCUGAGCACUCGUUGUUCUGAGACGUACGAGACCAAGGCGGCACUGCUGAGUCUGUUUGGAGUUCCUCUCUGGUAUUUCUCUCAGUCUCCUCGAGCUGUAAUCCAGCCGGACAUUCAACCAGGAAACUGCUGGGCGUUCCAGGGUUCCUCAGGGUUUCUGGUGAUCCGUCUCUCCAUGAGGAUCGUCCCCACGGCCUUCUCUCUGGACCACAUACCCAAAGUCCUGGCACCAAGCGGAACACUGCGCAGCGCGCCGCGAGACUUCAGCGUUUACGGUCUGGAUGAUGAGCGUCAGGAGAGCGGGAAACUGCUCGGAGUUUACACGUACGAUCCAGACGGAGACGCUCUGCAGACGUACGCCACCACCGAGGAAAAUCAUCAAAGCUUCCAGAUCAUUGAGGUGCGGGUUUUGUCCAACUGGGGACACGAGGACUACACCUGCAUGUAUCGGUUCAGAGUUCACGGGAAGCCUGAGGGACGCCUGAAGGACUAACGUUCCAGAGAAACUAUGAAAAAUGGCUUCGUUGAUCAAAGUGUGGACAAAUGCACGGUGACUCCGCCCCUUUCUACACCACAUGAUCACAUUAUUUCCCAUGGAAAGAAAUUUGUGUUAAAUUGUGUGUUAAUCUUUUAAUAUGUGCGUUGUUGUUUUGUUUUGGGAUGUUUUUCUGUGACAUCAUCACGCUGCGGUUGCUUUAAAGGACAAGUUUGCGUUUUCUCAGACGACUUGUGUUUAACGGUCGUCGCUCGAGUCCUUGAACACAGCAGCAGGUUUUAAAAUGGCUGCUGUUGACGAUAAUGUGACAAAAUUAGCUAAAUAAAAACCUUUUACUUUUA